GUAGACACACGUGGCAAAUUUUUGAAAACAUGAAAAUUGGGUCCGUCCAGAUUACGAUUGAUACGGCGAUUUGCGUUGUGUUGUACGUGUCUUGCUUGUUUUAUUCGUUUUACAAAAAUUACCUGAUAAGUAAUGACACUCUCCAAAACUACUACUACCUCGAGGAAGGUUGGUCAAUCUUUCCGGGCCGGCGCCGCGAUGACUACGACUGGGAGUGGGAGAUCGGCAAGAAGUCCGCCGUCGGAAAUCUGUGGAUUUUCGCGCUGCACGCCGUCCUGUUUGAGGUGGUGCGAAUCAUGCGCUUCCGGCACGUGUCGGCUGCGCUGGCCGUCUUUGGCAGCGGUGUGGUGUUCUACGUGUACGGGUACAAGGUUCUGGUGAUUAUGCUGCUGCAGAACGUUACGUUCUUUGCCGUAAGUUACAGCAAGAGUACGGUUGGAUUGUGGCUGAAGGCACUUUUUUGGAUCGCGGUCAUCAACAGUGUGAAAUUGUUGUAUUUUUACGAUCAGCUGAACGUUCUGCUUGGAAUCGACAACGAUAAGCUGCUCGAGUUCAGCAUCAUAAUUUCGUGGAACGUGAUCAAGUGCACGUGCUUCUGCAUUGAUCGGUGCAAACCCAAAGACGAUGGAUCUCGCUACCGGUUGGUAGAUUUGCUGGGCUAUUCGUUUUACUUUCCACUGCUACUGCACGGUCCUGUGAUAAUUUACGAUCGGUUUAAAGACUGUUUGAAAGUGCGAUCUCCGUUUGAAAACUUGAACACUUUUCGGCGCGCAAAGCAACUGGUUCUCCAACUGCUUCUUUGUUUCUUCUGGGCGCUUGUAAUGGAAGCUGGGCAGCACUUUUUCUACAUCAACAUCAUUCAACUUGAUUUGAAGCUCCUACAUAAAAUCAACCUUUGGGUUCUGUACGGUUGCGGCUACCUGAUGGGCCAGUUCUUCUACGUCAAGUAUGUCGUCUUUUACGGAAUCGGAAUCGCGUUCGGCAGGUUCGACGGCGUUGACAUGCCCCAGAAGCCCAUCUGCAUUGGGCGCGUUCAUCUCUACUCGGACAUGUGGAAGUUCUUUGAUCGCGGCCUGUACGAGUUCCUGUUCCGAUACAUUUACACCCAACUGUGCACGAAAACUUCUUCCGGAGCGCGCAAAAUUAUGGCCAGCUCGAUCACGUUCGUGUUCAUCUACAUCUGGCACGGGCUGUACACGUUCAUCAUGAUUUGGAGCACGCUCAACUGGAUCUGCAUAGUGAUGGAAGGAUUCGUGAAAAAGUUCUUCGGUCACAGCAAACAGCUGGCCGCCUUCAUCGGAACGCACGUUUUCGUCCUAUCGGUACUGUCCAACUUUUUCUUCUUCGCCCGCGAAGAGGUCGGCUACAUCUACUUGCAGCGAACUUAUUACGAAAAUGUUAACAACUACCUUGCGCUGUACGCCGUGGCGUACUGCUUCUUCCGCACCGGCGAAUGGAUCAAAUCCGUCGAGGGUGACCGACGAGGACCAUUAAAGAAAGCCUUUUGA